GUGCUGUUCCAAGGAAAACAGGCUGUUCUCAAGCAGCGCUGGAUAGGAUGAACUUUUUUCCCUAGUUUUUAGCCUUAAAAUAGAUGGACUGGAUUAGGUCAGCUAAGAAGAGGUGGGAUGAGUAACAGCCAAAGCUACCGUGAGUUGAAUGGCUGUGUUCCUAUUGCAAGGGGGAUGCUGGACAAGCGUCGAACAGAAGCUCUACCAGCUUUACUAACAACUAACAUGGGACAUAGACCUUGGCUAUAUUUUUCAUAACCACGUGAAGCCAGAAAUCUUAACGGAUGCCUGUGCCGCCGCCGCCACCUCCUCCUCCUCCUCCUCCUCCACCGCCACCACCACCUUCUGGAGGGCCCCCUCCACCCCCGCCUCUGGCAAGUUCGGAGGUACCGAAACUGCGAAAGGAGGACCAGAAGGCACGAAGUGCACUCUUAGCUGAUAUCCAGCAGGGGACUCGCUUGAGAAAAGUCACUCAAAUCAACGACCGCAGUGCACCGCAGAUCGAAAAACCCAAAGGAGCUAACAGAGAUGGAGUCAAUUCAGCCAUUAAUAAAGGUGGCUCUCAGCCACCUUUGGGAGGCUUAUUUGCUGGUGGCUUUCCUGUUCUCAGACCAGCAGGCCAGAGAGACAUGCCAGCCGGGAGGCCAGGGCAGCUCUCUGGAGCCCGGGCAGAGGCUCCCAAGCCCUCCGCCCCCCCGAACGGCAGCGCUGCAAAGGCCGGCAGCACCGCCUCGCCGCCAGCCGAAGGCCCGCGGAUGGCUGCCCCACCAGAGCCCCCCAGCACCUCCCGAGCCGGCGCUGGCGCCGCACGUCCCAGCCUGCCCGCCCCGCCGCCGCCGCCUCCCGCUUCCAGCAAGCCCUCCCUCACCUUCCCUCCUCCUCCCGCCCUGCCGCCUCCGGCCGAACGCCCGCCCAAGGGGGGGUCCCCCGGCUCUGCCCCUCCGCCCCCGCCCCCGCCUCCGCCUCCUCCUCCUCAGGCCGACAAACCCACCAAGAGGCAGGCGGCCCCUUCGCAGCCGCCCCCGCCGCCUCCCCCUCCUCCCCUGCCCGUCGUCCCGCCGUGUGGGUUUCCAGGCCGCACGACGGACUUGGCUGCCGCUGCUGCUUCCCCUCCACCGGAGAGAAAGGACUGUCCGCCUCCCGCACCGCCGCCGCCGCCCUCGCAGGCCCUGGCCCCAAACAGGCUCUCCUUCCCCCCCUCCCCGGCCCUCGGCGGUGCUCUCGGCAAUGCUGACGUGCCCCCUCCGCUGCCGCCCAAGUCCCCUCACCUGCUGUCACAGCUCCACAAGCCAAGCAGUAUCCAGUCGCUGCCGCUGCCGCCUCCCCCUGGCCUUCCCCAGCCCGCAGCGGCGGCAGAGAGCAGGAAGAGGAGAGCCGGGCGAGGCGCAGGACCUGGCGCUGGUAAGCCACUCACACCUCCACAGCCACCAGCCAGGUCACCCACAACUGAACUUACAAGCAAGUCUGGAGUCUCAGCCUGGGCUACAGCUCAUGAACCUUACCCACCACUUAAAAAUGGAAAUAUGCACAUCAUUGAUGACUUUGAAUCUAAAUUUACUUUCCAUUCUGUGGAAGACUUCCCCCCACCUGAUGAAUUCAAGCCAUUUCAGAAAAUAUAUCCCAGCAAGAUAGCUAGAGAUCCCUCUAAAAAUCCUCCUUUAAGAACACAUGUGAGAUGAAGAGAGUCUUCUGAAGCUCUCUGGAUUGGUGUUACAUAAGAACAACAACAUGAAGAUAACACAUAUAAAUCAGAAGAGGUCUUCAUUACAGCAAUAGAGAUGAAUUUGAAUUGCAAGUGCUGCAAUGUUAAACGUUUCUAUGAACUGGAAAACCCAAGAAAAUGAUACUUUUUGAACUGGCCUACAUACUACAGGAAUGUUAGUACAGGCUUUUAAAUUAUUGUGUCUAGGUGAAUAUUUUUUAAGCAAAGCUGUGUGAAAUUUAAAUUUUGUAGUGUUGAAACAAUUCUUGUUCUUAUCAUGUGACAGCUGUUACCUCAGAAUACUGUUUGCACUAUGUGCCUGUAGUUCAUUUUAACCCUGCCAUCACAAUUCUUAAGGUAUUUCAGAAUUUACCCAGUUGUUAUUCAGACAGUUUUGAAUGAGCUGUCUCUGUAUGUUUCUUCCCUUUUUUUUUUCUUCUGCCUGCCUUCAGAUGGCAGCAGAAUGGGCCCACAAUCCUUUUCUCAUCAAACAUGAAGGGGAAAGAGAUGACAGGUAGCUGUGGCUGCUGUUGAGCCACCUCCCAUUGAUUACAGAUCCUUAUAGGAUAGUCUGGAGAAGCCCAACUGGGUAGAGUGGUCAUGGACUUGACAAAGCUGUCAGAACUUUUCCAAACUGGAGGAAAAGAAAGUUGUUCUACUGUAAGCAAACCCCCAACCAUGGUGCAGGUGAAUAUAUACACCAUGAAGUAUGUCAUGAAAGGGCAUAAGUUCUGUUGAUUCCUGCCUGUAAAGUGGAUAGUUCCUGGUUGUGUGAUGAGCUGUCUCUAGGGGGUCCUUGGAGGAUGGAAGCAACACCUACAUUUUAAAGAGACAGCUGGAGCUAUUGUUGACCCAGAGAGCAGUGAAAAUUCCAUGUCCAAAAUACACCACAGAGAACAAGCAGUCUCCAAAGUGAUUGUUCCCUUGAAUAGAGCUGGCUGAAUAAAAUAACAGCUUAGCACUGGAUGAGACUUCAGCUGCUGCUUUUGCUGUGCAGCCUGAGGUAAUGUCUUUGGUUCACAGAUGUUCAGAUAUGGUGAUACCUGUCUCCAGAAAGAAUUGUCCUUGUGCAUUUCACUGCAUUAAUAGAAGUGUUGCCAGCCUAGGGAGGUGAUCCUUCCCCUCUGCUCAACGUUGUUGAGGCCACAUCUGGAGUACUGGGUGGCUCUGCGCUGCAAAAGAUGUGAACACGCUGUAGAGUCCAACAAACAUCCACUAAGAUAACAAAGGGACUGGACCAUCUCUUCUGUGAGGAAACAGAGAGCUGAGACUGCUUGGCUUAGAGAAGAGAAGGAUCUCAUCAAUGUAGGUAGAUAUCUGGAGGGAUGGUAUGAAGACAGAGCUAGGCUCUUUUCAGUGGUGCCCAGUGACAAAACUAGAGGCAAUGGGAACAAACUGAAACAUGGGAGACUGAACAUCAGGAAACACUUUUUCACUAUGAGAGUGACCAAGCACUGGUACAGGUUGGCCAGGGAGAUUGUGGAGGUAUUCAGGUUGUCUGGAUGUGUUCCUAGACUGCUGAGGUGACUCUGUUGAGCAGGACCAUUGGACCAAUGACCACCAGAGGUCCCUCCUAGUCUCAACUACUCUGAUAUCCCUUCUUACAGCUUGCUUGGGUAGCUGAAAUGCUACAGGCUUAUGAAAGAGAAGCCUGGGAGCAUUCGUUUACCACUGACUGAAUAUGAACCAGCAAUGUGGCCAAGAGGUCUAACAGUGUCUUGGUUUCUAGCAGAAAUAGUAUGCCCCAGACUAGUGAAGUGGUUGUCCUUUUCCACUUGGCACUGGUAAGGAUAAGGGCAAGAUGCUACAGCAUAUCCAAAGGGUAACAAAGUUGGUGAAGGAUGUAGAACACAAGUCUUAGAGGAACAGAUGAAGGAGCUGGAAUUGUUCACCCUUGAAGAAAGGAAGCUGAAGGGGAACAUUAUCGCUUUCUACAGCUCCCUGAAAGGAGGCUGUAGCAAGGUCUCUUCUCCAAGGUAACAAGUGAUAGGACAAGAGGAAAUGGCCUCAAGACAUGCCAGGGGAGGUUUAGAUUAGAUAUUAGGAAAAAUUCCUUCAUCAAAAAAGGUUGUUAAGCAUUGGAACAACCUGCUCAGAAAAGUGGUUGCAUCACUGUCCCUGGAAGUAUUUAAAAGCUAGAUUUAUGUGGUGCUUAGGGGCAUGGUUUAGCGGUGGACUUGGCAGUGCUAGGGUAAUGGUUGGACUCGAUGGUCCUGAAGGUCUCUUCCAACCGGAAAGAUUUUAUGAUGCAUUAGCUUGGAAAAGGGCACUGCUGUUCCAGGGUAGGCCUGGUGCCAACAGCCAGGCUGUUUACAGCUAUGGCAUUAAAUUAUGUAAGUGCCAUCAAUUCCCCUCCGCUGCAGCUGUACUAACUUUCUAGAUCACAGGUAAAGCCAUGCCUUUGAACAAAGCUAUUUGGAAAAGACAGGUAACUGCAUCUUUAUAUAACUCUGCUUUUGUCUUAGUCCUUGCAACAGCUCAGUUAAUGCUGUAACUCCUACACAUGCAUGCCCAUGGUGUGGAGAAGGUGUAAGGGUAAGAAGCUUUUCACCUGUAAAACUCUUAAAGCAUCAUUAGUCUUCUUCUAGCUGCUUAUGAUACAUAGCUGUAUGUUAUGUGAAAAGAAAAGCAGUGAUGCUUUGACCAAUACUUCUGUCACUGUCAUAGUUACAUGAUAAAUAUGUGUGAACAUAGUACAUUGCUUCAUUAACAACUGGAAAAGUUUAAUACUGCUUUGAAGAGUAUUUUGUUAUAGUACUAUUAAAGGUGACUUAUUGUUGGUU